CUAUGGAUAUGUUGACUGGAGUUACACCUCCGCCCAGUACAAGUUUUGUCUCUUCGUUUCGCCAGAGACGACCAAGCUCUGUCUUGGGUUCGUUUACGUGUUCACCGAGCAAACAGCAGCUUCUCAUCGAGAAAGAUGAGAUCCAAAACUCUUUCGUACCAUCCAUCAAAUCAUUUCUUGCGUCUCAUCUCCAGUUAUCAGUCCCGGGUGAUCUGUUAACUCCCCAAGAAACCGGCAGUUGCACAUUCUCUCAAUCCGUUCUCAACGGAAUCAAUGUUCUAUGUGGAGUAGCUUUACUUACAAUGCCUUACGCAGUGAAAGAAGGAGGAUGGUUAGGGCUAUUCAUACUCUUAUCCUUUGGCGUUAUCACUUUCUACACUGGUAUUCUCCUAAAGAGAUGUCUUGAGAAUUCGCCAGGGAUCCACACUUACCCGGACAUUGGUCAAGCUGCAUUUGGCAUCACAGGACGCAUCAUCGUCUCCAUACUUCUCUAUGUGGAGUUAUACGCAUCUUGUGUGGAAUACAUAAUCAUGAUGAGUGAUAAUUUGUCAGGGAUGUUCCCAAACACAUCCUUAUACAUCACCGGAUUAUCCCUAGACUCUCAUCAAAUUUUCGCCAUUACUACGACUCUAGUUGUUCUUCCGACUGUUUGGCUCAAAGACCUCAGCUUAUUGUCCUAUCUCUCAGCCGGAGGUGUCGUCUCUUCAAUCUUGCUUGCGCUUUGCCUCUUUUGGGCUGGAUCAGUCGACGGGGUUGGAUUUCACCUAAGCGGAAAAGCUCUUGAUUUAACUAAUAUACCUGUCGCAAUCGGAAUUUACGGGUUUGGUUUUGGGAGUCACUCUGUUUUCCCCAACAUUUAUUCAUCCAUGAAAGAAACUUCCAAGUUUCCUAUGGUGCUUCUCAUCAGCGUUAUGAAGGGUAGAUUAACCAACUUUCAAAUGGGAGUUUGUAUAUUGAUCAUUAUCAUCGGCGUUGUGAGCGGUUGCUGCGGGACUUACUCUGCUAUUGCGAGAUUAAUCGACGAGAUGACCUAAUUGGUAUUGUUUGCAGAAUAAACUGGAUGCGAUGCAUUUGAUUAGAAGAAAUCUGUUUUUGAUAAAACAAAAUACUAUUAUUUUCUUAAAAAUUAAAUCAAAAAUUUUAUUUGGUAUUA